AUGGCACUGCAAAAGGGAGAGAGUUCGUCUCAAGAUCUUGUGAUGUCUGGAGGAUUGAAAGGAGCAGAGCCACCUGCGCAGAUAGGUGCCUUUCCGAUCCUCACCACGCUCAACUACCAGGUUUGGGCAUCUCGGAUGCGGCUUCAUCUUGAAAUCCUUGAGCUAUCGGAUGCCAUUGAAAUGGAGAACCCUAUCAAGCAGAAGGAUCAACAAGUUAUGUCCAUCUUAUUCAGCACCAUCUUUGAUGAGGUUUCAUGCAAGUUAGAUGUGAAGAAAAUGGUGAAGUAGACAUGGAAUCUCUUGAAGGCUAAAAAAUGGCGGAAUUCCACGCUUGCGAACAGCACAGAUUCAAUCACUUCAUAGAGACCAUGAAAAUCUCUCCACGGAUGACGAGGAUUUGAUUCUUAAUUACUUCAAAAAGUUGUCUCAUGUGGUGAUUGAACUAAGAAGUCUCGAAGAGAAGAUCACUGAUGCAGCGCUCUCCACCAAACUACUGAGAUCUGUCUUAGGUAGGUUUGACUCCAUCAUGACUUCUAUUGAAUAAUUUCAGGCUCUUGACGCGAUCUCGGUGGAUGAGAUUCUUGGGACACUCAAGAUUCACGAGGAUAAGCUCCAUGAUCGUUCUAUAAAAAGGGAGGAGAAAGCUCCUCUCACACGAGCCAUAGGGAGGACAAGCAGAAAGCCACCGCAGAUGGAAAUUGCGGCAGAGGCAAAGGACGCAAAGGAAGAGGAUGUGGCAGAGGAAGAGGAAGAGGUUCCUCUAAAAUCGAAGAUAGUGAUGAUGAAUCACUCCCCAAAGACAAGUCAAAAGUAA